AUUCGUUCCUGCAUAAUCUGUACGUCGCUUGCAACAAUUGUUACUUUCGCCCGUUCUUGAGUUUGACCGACGAUUGGGAGAAGGAAGCGAACGCUUCUGGGAGUGGAGUGAGAGUGAAGAUACCGUGACAAUGGCCCAGCCGUAUCAAAGCAUCUCAGCGUCGGAUGGCGACGGAAAACCGUACGGAGAGCAGGUACCCACGGCCGCUCCUCUCACAGCAGCCCCGUCGUAUGGCGCGGCCCCCACGGCGAACAGCGAGACUGCAUACUACACUAGCCGACCGCCGCUGACGGAUCGUCAUGGCGAGAGUAACUCGCUGGUGGGCGACAUGCAAUACAGGGCGGCCCCGGGCGAGGACGAAGAGGAGGAUUACCUCAAAGAGUUUGUUCGCUCUGAUUUCGAGGACGUUAUUCACGAGCGCCCUGAAACUCGCAUCCUGGACACCUGCCGCGCUUUCAACAAACUGACGUACAUGUAUUCUAAGCUCAUCUGGUAUCACAUCUUCACGCUGACGUUCGGCAUCCUACUCUCGUUCUGGUGGGCGUUUUGGUUUGCGCUGUACACACACUUCAUCAGCUGGUGGUACUACCCAUUCUAUCGUCUCUUUAAGAUGACUAUCUACAUGUGGGCGGUGCCGUACAGAGCCAUGUGUCGCGCGUUCAUGCACCCCAUGUACGAAGCAAUUGCGCUGAUGUUCAGCAACGUACGCGUCAAGCUUCACCACAAGACCGAAGUUGUACAUCCUAUCCAGUCCACAUAAUGGUACACAGUGCAUGUGGGUUUAUCGGGUGUUAGCAGCCGUCGUGAGUUCCCUUCGGGAACAGACACGAUAAUUUACUUUUUUUAGGUUUUUUUUUACAUGUGGGUCGCCGAAGAACUGUUGGAGCGGGUCAGCCUCCUACCCUAGGCCAUUCGUAUGUUCAUGUGCUGCAUACAGUCUAUGCACAGUUCAGUCAAUGCUUAUACCAUGGUAUGCUGUGCUUUUUUGAAAUUCUAUCCGUGUCGCUCUUCGGCACUCCGUUCUCCAUCACGUUACAGUACUCUGUGCCUGUCACAAUCUCAUGCCUAUCAUUAUCAUAGCGCUAUGAUGUUCGGAUCGUAUUACAGACCUCCACUUCUACAUGACAUUGUAUUUUUUCAUGGGACACGUUUGUCCAUUGAACUUCGGCGAAUUACCUUACCACCUGCGUUGGCUAGGCUCUUUCUAUGUGAUUUUCGUGAAGGUUACGCAUUAGUGAAGAAGAGGUUGGUGUGACUUC